AUGCUGUCGUUCUUAUCCAUUCCUCGUGCCACAUUGCUCAGAAAUACCUGCCAAGUCAGAUCGAUCUUUGCGUCUGCAGUUACCUUAAAGGAGGCUGUCAAAACAAAAACCUCAGCUGAGACAAUCAAAAAGGCAGCACGGAAACCUACGAAAAAGGCAGAGAAGACAUUGACCAAAACCGAACUGAAGAAAAGUGAAAAGCCAAAAAGACCAGCAAAUGCCUAUGCCCUUUAUCUAAAAGAAAAGUUCCCAACUUUGAAGAAUGAUAGUAAUAAAUCAAUUGAUGUUACCAAACAAAUUGCAGAGAGAUGGAGGGUUGAAUCUGAUACCAUCAAAGAAUCUUACAAACAGAAGGCUGCUCCUGCAUUUGUCGAAUACCACCAACUGAUUGCUAAAUGGGAAGAAAAAUAUAAACCAACUCUCAAUGGUUACCAGAAGUUCCUUAAGGUAAAUCUAUCCGGCAAGGCAACCGGUAAGGAAGAUGCUGCUAAACUAUUGAAGGAGUAUGCGUCACAAUGGAAGGCUCUGUCUGAUUUGGAAAAAGAAGCAUGGAAAAAUAGAGAACUUUAA